UAUCCGUUUUAAAGGCUUGAUGAAAAUAUAUAAAAAAUGAUGUAUAAAACACAAAAAAGUACUAUGAAAGUAGUGGGAUCUAUUAUGAGGAUAUUAAGGCACUGGAAGGAGUCAGUUUUCCAUCAGAAACAAACAGGUUAAACGUGGGGCAUCAUUACUGUUUGAGGGCAAUAAUUGAAAUGGGUUCAGUGUUCUGCACCUCUCAUCUUCUGGGACGAUUCAUGUCAUCCAAGAUUGACCCCUUCAGCCCCCAGACCCCGGGGAUCAAUUAUGAAUGAGAUGUGUGUCGGUAGAGGGAGGCGGACUCCCAGGGUGAUGCAUAUAUACUGAGGAGGACAUUUUAGAGGAAGUCCAGAGUAAAAAUGCUCACGAAACUGUGAGAAUCAGGGAAAGAAAACUUUUGAUUGAUUCGACAAGAGGCUUCUUCUGUUUCUGAGAUUCUGCAGUAAGAUUUGUAAGAGUGUAAGCACUCGGGCUAAGGUAAUGUCUCGGCUGGUUCUGCUGCUGGGGGUGCUCUUGUAUGUGGGGGCUCAGCUGUCCCAGGCUCAGCAUUGGUCCCAUGGUUGGUACCCUGGAGGAAAGAGGGAGCUAGACUCCUUUGGCGCAUCAGAGGUUUCAGAGGAGAUGAAGCUUUGUGAGGCUGGGGAAUGCAGCUACAUGAGACCCCAGAGGAGGAAUUUUCUUAGAAACAUUGUUCUGGAUGCUUUGGCCAGAGAGCUCCAAAAAAGAAAGUGACUCUUUCACGCCGCUUUUCUACACUGCCACCCUCUUCCUUGGUGUUUCUGUUUGGGAGCAACUUAGUGAUCUUUCGUCUUUUUUGUUUUUUUCAACACUUAAAUAUUGUUCUGUGGCAAAUAAAUGACAACAUUCAAAUGUGCCAGAAUAAAGUGUCUAUUUUGGAUAACUUUAUACUCACCAUAUUAGGAAUAUCUGAGCAUAAUGCAUGUCUUGUUUCGUUUAAGUUCAUUAUUUAAAUUGCCUUGGUGAAUAAAAACAUGGAGGAAAA